UAGAGAGCGCAUGAUACUUCCGAUGCAUUAUUUUUUUUUCAAUGCGAAUUUCGACGCAUGCAUAUAUGUGCAAUUAUAAUAUGUACAUUUGAACGCUGUUUAUCACUUUUCUAACUUUUAUUACAAUUUGAUAUAAAUAUCAUUUGUAAAAUAGAUAAAUGCAAGAAAUGUUUUUUGUGUAACAGUGUUUAAAGAAGCUUGUACAUGUGAAAGGUUAUAAUCUCAUCACAUGUGUGUUAAUUUAUAUGAAUAUUAUAAGUGAAUAUAUAUAAGUGCACAUAAAUUGCAAAUAUAUCAAGUAUUAAUUUUUGGAAACAUGAGGUACUUUUAUGGCAAAUUAUGUUUAGUAUUAUUAGAGGAACAUUUUGGAUCCAUCAUACAGUGUAUAGGUAAUAGUUUAUUAUAUGGAACAAAAACGUUAACUGCAAUACACCAUGAUACACGUCUAUCACUGGCAGAGAUAAAGAAAGGAAUAAGUGUUCUUAUAAAAUUUGGAUUUGUCACCUAUCAGCGCGAUAACGGAAUUGAAUAUACUUUAGAUCACAACAAAAUUAUUAUGAUUCUUCGUUAUCCAAGAUAUAUGUUUUUUGUGAAGACUGAAUAUGGAGAUGAAGCUGAAAUCAUGUUAGAAGUGGUCUUAAAAAAUGGAUAUAUUGCAGCAUCGAAAACAAUAAUAGAAACAUAUAAACGUCUUGAGCAUUUAUCUUCUAAUUGUAAGACUUCUAAUUCUACUCAGAAACCUUCCAUCCCAGAUUUGAAAGAUAUAUUUCAUUUAUUAAUCACGAGUAAAAUUUUGAUGCGUAGCAUAUUUUUUGAUACAACAGCGGAAAGUGCAGAAAAACCUGAUUACAAUUUACCAGAGAUUGACGUAACAGCAAUUCAUAGUAUAUUACAAGGACAAGGUGCUGAUCUGAAAGAUAGUAAAAUAUAUUGGAAAGUCAAUUUUGAUCGACUUACUGAAAAUCUUAGGGAUCAAAUUAUUAUAUCAGCCAUGAAACAAAGAUUCGACAAAAAUGCUGGAAAAUUAAUGACGCAAUUGAUCAAUUUGAUGCACUCACGGACUGUAUCGUGGCAAGAUACAUCAAAUCCAAUUCCAUAUACUGAGAUAAAAGAGAAGGUAAAAAUGUUGAAUUUUCCAGAGCUUGAACAGUAUCUUGAUCAGUACCUGCGGCUUAUAGAAGAUGAUAGUAGUCAAUUUAUUAAACGAGUUGGUGAUUCCGGUGGAGGGCAAUACGUUGUGGACAUGAAAAAUGCAUUUACAAAACUAGCAUGGGUAACCUUAGAAAGUAUCGUAACAGAAAGAUUCGGUUCCAAAGCGUCCAGAAUUUUUAGAUUAGUGCGUGAUGAAAAAGAUGUUAAUUUGGAGCAAAUUCAAAGAUUAGCAAUGAUUUCCAUAAAAGAUGUGAAAUUCUUAACAUAUAUCUUGACACAAGAGAAUUACAUACAGAUGCAAGAGAUAAGGAAAAGUGGAUCUUUGACGACACCAUCGAAGGAACCUUUCCGCUUUCAUAUCGAAUUGGCUAAAAUUGUUGAAAUGGAAAUUGAACAUUGUUGCCAAGCAUUGUACAACAUUAUAAAAAGGCGAGAUCAUGAAACAACUAGUAAUAAACGCAUGAUAGAAAAAGAAUUGAGAGUACAGAUACUCUCAUUUAACAUGAAGGAACAUGGUGCUACAGAACAACAAUUGGCUGAACUUGCAGAAAUGAUGACGCCAUCUGAGACUCAACAGCUUGAAAAAGCACAAAAUGCAAUCAAGAAACUAGGUGCUACGGAGCUGCAAAUAGAUGAAACAUUAUUUUUAUUAACUAUGUAUUUUCGGUAUCAUUGAGUAAUAUUUUUUUUAAUGCUUUGGUUUUCUUCGUAAAACAUGAGUGUGAAAAUAAGACUCUCGCAUUUCAUUUAUAUAGUUUAUAUUUAUUUAUGUGUAAUAAUGAUUACGCUUGUAAAAUACAAACAACAAAGAGUACCUAGCUUUCAAAUUAUUAUAAUAAAUAUAAUCAUAUAUUUAUGUUUAUAAUAGUGCUGCUCUCUAUUGUGUUACAGUGCAUUUGAUGGUUCUAUCUAUAAGGAAAAGUCAUCUUGAGUUAAGUUGCCAUAAGAGAAAUUAAUAAUUGAUCAGUAUUUAAUCAUAUAUUUUGAUUUAAGCAAUGAAGUAAUUACAAUAUGUUUUUUCAAAAAAAUGGUCAAAGAAUGGAACAAAGAUGAAUUACGUAGUUUCACAGCCAGCUUGUGGUGCGUUUUUAAGAAAGUUUCUAUUUUAAUUUCAAUUAUGUUUAAUAAAAAUAUCAUUUGCAAAUAUGAUUUAUAAGAAGUGCGAAUGCUACGCCUUUAGAUAGACAAUUAUACUUCACUACAUACUCCCAAAGAAUGACUUUUCCCUUGUUCUACUGUAUGCUUUGUACGCUCAUCUUAACACUGCCGCGACGAAGACAGACUAUUAUGAGUAUGUAUCAAUAAAUAAAAUUUAUAAAGUAGUGUUAUCAGCGAUUUACCCAUCAUCCUAAAUAUAUAUUUUGAUUUUAUGCCUUUAUUUUAUUGAUAUCGCGAUAGAGUACCCUACGAUUAUGACACGAGUAGUGUUAAGAUGAUCGUGAAAAUUUCUAUUCCCCACUCACACAUGCAUCUGACUGUUUUUAUAUCCUCUAUCUUUCUCUCACACUUUCUCUCUCCCUCUCUCUCUCUCCCCAUUUGCACUGGUACUGCGUAACUAUAUACAUUCUUCAUACAUACAAGUUUCAUCUAGAAAUAGUGUCAUAUACCUAAAACUAAGGUUGAAUUUCGGUAAAGCGUUAUUUUAUUAUAUUUUUUUUAUACCAUUAACAACAACGUACAUGUAAAUGAAGUGAAUGCUUGGAAUAUUGAGAGCGGAUGUUAGUGUUCACUUUUUCUUUAUGUUAAAUAUACUAUAAUAUUAGUAAUGUAGUUCGAUUUACAAUUUACUAUUCUUACAGUUUGCAUUCGCAUUGGUUGCAUGUAAAGGCCAGUAAAUAUAAUAAUAGUGUGCUGAGAUUUUUAGCGCGUAAUGUGUUUAUGAUAUCCGAAAGUAAGGGGAAAUCGCCACGGACUAAAUAUCAUUGCUAAUUUCAACGAUCAGAUGGAUAGAAAUCGCAAUCGAUGGAAUGCAGAACCGAUUUUUUGUUAAAGCAAACACUGCGGACAAUAAAGUUGAUAAGAUUUAAAAAAAGAUGAGGGCCAAACUCUCUGUAAUUGCACGUGUAAUUAUAGUAUAAAUUUAUAAUAUAAAUAUAUGUACACAAAUAUAUAUACUUAUAAUAUAAAUUGUAUACCUUUAGAUGUUUCAAUCUUAUAAAAUUUUGCAAAUGUGAAAAUAAAAUUUUUUCAAUAUUCAUGAUAAUGAAGUUAUGGCACAAUCGAAAAAAUGCAAGAUAGGCAGAUAUUUUAUUCAAAAUAUUUAUAACCUUUCUGUUAAUUUAAAAACUGUUAAUAGCAAAAUAAGUAAAACUGAACUUUUUAAAAACUUACUUUUGAAAGUUUAAAUGGCGAUAAAAAACUGAUUUAGAAACAUUUUAAAAAUACAAAUAGUUCCGAAUUAAAAAUCACACGAUUCAUAAUUGUGGCGUAAACUUAGAAAUUCUCACAUGCGAUAUUCCGAAAUCAUCACAGACGAAGGAAACGACUCUAUAAAAAAAAAAAAAAUAUGUAUUACGUACG